AUGUCCUUGAACAGAAAAAAAUAAGCGCCAUUUUGUUUCAGCGAAACUCAAAAACCACUGGUUGUGACGUCAAAAACGUCACUGGGUAUAAAUACUAAGUCCCUCCUCUGAGCGCUCAUUCCUGGAUUUGGUCAAAGGUAUAAAUUUGCUUUGACGAAGACUGAACCGUCGAGGACCUUGAACAACUCUCUUCAGUUUGAUGUUUUUUCUUCAAGUAAUGGACAUUUGAUUACUAUUUUUGCCUCCAGCUUCUUUCCGAAGGAAAGGCUAGCACUUAGCUAUCAAAGCCCCACCCAAAAAGAAGUAUUUAUAUUAAAACCAUGAACUUUUACGACAUAAUAUUGAAAAAAGAACUAUAAGUGCCUGAUUAGCACACCAUAGCUUUCCCGAGACGCCGAGGACCUUUAGAAUCAAUAUGUGUGUUUCAGAAAUGGCAGGGGGACCGGUCGACCCCAGGGAGAUACUGAAAGGAGUGGAAUCUCUGAUGGGAAAGGAUGGGGAGCUCCGUAGUCUGGAAGGGGUUCCUAAGGUGUUCAGCCUGAUGAAAGCCUCCACAAAGAUGGUCAGUCGAUGCAUGUACCUCAACAUACUGCUGCAGACAAAGUCACAUGACAUCCUCAACAGGUUCAUCAGAGUCGGUGGCUACAGGCUGCUCAACUCCUGGCUCACCUACUCCAAAACUACCAACAACACCCCUCUGCUGCAGCUCAUCCUGCUCACGCUGCAGAAGCUGCCGCUCAAAGUGGACCACCUCAAACAGAACAACACAGCUAAGCUGGUGAAGCAGCUGAGCAAAAGUGCUGACACUGAAGAUUUGAGGAAGCUGGCUGGUGUGCUUGUCGAUGGCUGGAUGGCCACCAUUCGCUCCCAGAGUAUGUCUGGCUCUGCUGGCUCUCCAGCUGGGAAGAAGAAAAAGAAGGAAGAGACCAAAACGCCAGUCAGGGAGUCCAAAGACAAAAGUGAAGAAGAGAAGAAGAGGGAAAAAUCCAAAGCUCAUGCACCCAGCCACGCAAAGAUUCGCUCUAUAGGACUGGAGAUGGAAGCCCCUAAUCCAACUCCAUCCAAGAAAACGCCCUCAGCCCCCGAGCUGGGAGCCAAAUACAACAUCAAGCCGCCGCUCCUCAAGAGGCCAAGCACUGCCGGUCCGUCCGAUGCACCACCUCUUGAGAAAAAAUACAAGCCUCUGAACAUGCCGUCAAACUCCGCCAAAGAGAUCAAAGUAAAGAUUAUUCCAGCUCAGCCCAUGGAGGCCACAGGCUUCCUCGAUGCCCUAAACUCCGCCCCCAAACCUGGGAUUAAAAUCAAAAAGAAGAAACCUGGUGCCUCAGGCGCCGCAAAUAGCAAAGUCGUAUCUCCCACGUCUAAUAAGGCGAGCCCCUUUGAGAGCAAACCCGCCACGUACUCUUCGUCCUCCAAUAAACCACCAUCUCCAGAAGCGGCUGUCUCCACCACUCCCGGUGACGAGUCGCAGGAGCCAGAGCAACCCGGAACACCAGUCCCCGCCGAUGAUCCAGAAGCUACGGACAACGGUGAGAAACCCAACGCUCUGGCAGAACCACGAGCAGAAGAUGAAGGCCUGACGAAGAAGGGAAAGAAGAAGAAAACUGUGCACUGGGCAGAAGAGGAGCAGCUCAAACACUACUUCUACUUUGACUUGGAUGAAACGGAGAGAGUCAACGUCAACAAGAUCAAAGACUUUGGAGAAGCUGCCAAACGAGAACUGAUGAUGGACAGACAUACGUUUGAGAUGGCUCGACGGCUAUCCCACGAUGCCAUGGAAGAAAGAGUGCCCUGGACAGCGCCGAGGCCGCUGACGUUGCCCGGCAGCCUUGUUACCCCCGGGGCCAACAGCACGGAGAAACUGACCCAGAGAGACAGAGAGAUGGGCAUCCUGCAGGAGAUCUUCCUCAGCAAAGAAAGUGUGCCCGACAGUCCACACGAACCAGAUCCAGAACCGUACGAGCCCAUGCCGCCACGUCUCAUCCCUCUGGAUGAGCAGGACUCUUCUAUGCUCGACGACGCCUACGCUGAACCCAUGGACACCUCUCAACAACAGGCCGCCAACGACGGCACCAAACUGCCUCCCGUCAUCGCCAAGCUCAUGGUCAAAAUGAGCGGCAUCUCCCAGAGCCCGCCGACCAGCAGCACGCCCAGCAACGUCACCAACCCAGCUGUGAACGUGCAGGAGCUGCUGACUUCCAUCAUGGGAGCCACAGGGAGCCAGUCCACAGAGGAGCUGAUAAAGCAGCCCGACUUCUCUGACAAAAUCAAGCAGCUGCUGGGUUCUCUGCAGCAAAGCCAGAACCAGAACCAAGGCCAGACUGGACCUCCUCCAGUGCACCAGGGUCUGCCGGGCCACGGGCCGGGUAUGAACAACAUGAACAACAUGCACAACAUGCACAUGCAGAUGCCCAUGAACGGCGGCUACCCGCCCAACGGUGCCCCCGGCGGCCCUCGCUUCAACCACCCUCCGCCCCCGCACGGCCACGGACCCCCCUUUAACGCGGGCGGAGGCCCUCGCAUGAUGGGCCCGCCUCCCGGUCAGGGCAGAGGCGAUAGCAACAACUACUGGGGGGAGGAGUCGAUGAGGGGAGGGCCCCACAGAGGGGGACACUUUCACAGAGGAGGCCGGGGUCGAGGGGGGGAGCCAGGGUUCAGGGGCCGAGGGCGAGGAGGCCCCCGGGGGGGACACGGCAACAUGAACGACAUGUCCAACAGGGCCGUGUGUCGCCAUUUUAUGAUGAAGGGCAGCUGCAGGUACGAGAGCAACUGUGCUUUCUACCACCCCGGUGUAAACGGACCCCCACUACCCCCCAACCACCCUGCAAACCAGCACAACCAGCACCCGCAGCACGGCCACUAGGGGGCUCUGUAACCAACACUUCAAAGCAAUGAACUUCUGCUCUGAUGAAUGGAACAGAAGCUGAGGCGGCGAGUCCUGCCACGGCAGCAGAGCGUAGAAGCUGUGAAGGUCACGGGACUCCUGGUUUUUAUUGUCACUUUUAAAGGUGGAACUGAAUCAGACCGCCUCAGGUGACCGCCGCCUCCGGCAAGGACUGCCCCUCCGGUGCGGUAGCUCUUAUGCUGCAGCUUCAGCGCCGACCUCUCUGGAGCCUCCAACACUUUUCGAGUGUGCACAAAACCCAAGACUGAAGCAGCAAACCUGCUGCAUGGCGUGCGCUCAGAAAACAACCAUGCUCCCACACACACUGUCUGUUCUCUGAGCAGCCGCCACGCGUUCGUCUGACAGUGUUGCAUUCACUGGAUCAAGUGUUUUCUGUGAAAACAGCCAUUUUUUGUCCCGUUUCUUCUGCAGGACCCCCAAGUGUUUCUUUUCUUUUCUUAUUUUUUUUUGAUACAGCCACAAAUUUCACGAGUUUAAUUUUUUUGUCAGAUUAAACUAUGGGAAUAUAGAAGACAUUCAUACGUGCUCAUUUCAGUUGUUUUUGUACUCAAAGUAUUAAAUAAAUGUCUAAACAUAUGGA